GUUUUGCCGAACAACAAAUGAAUUGAACGUUGAGCAGUUUUCUCUUCAGCUCCGCUUCUGAAAACGCAGUCAUGAGGAAUCUUUGGUCCAGGUGUGGUGUUUUUGGUUCUGUGACUGCAGCCUUUGGCUCGGUGCUGUGGUCACAAAAAUCCACCGACUCAGAGCCGGCCGCUCUGAGUUCCACCUACACUGACACAAAUUCCAGUUCUCCUUACAAACUGAAACUGGUCCAAGUCCUGUUCCGACAUGGUGCUCGAACCCCGUUAAAGUCAAUACCUGAUGUGAUAGAGGCCCAGUGGGUGCCGACGCUCUUGGAGCCUCCAACACACACUAACAUCAACUAUGUAGUGACAGACCUUCAUGGCGGCCCCAGGCCCCCAGCUCCCAUAGAAGACAGCUAUCGGGCAAACACACUGACGGGCGGCACAUUUCCUGGUCAGCUAACCACACUGGGCAUGCAGCAGUUGUAUGAGCUGGGCAAGAGGCUAAGGACAAAAUACAUUGAGGAGAUUCCCUUCCUCAGCUCCACUUUUAUCCCAGCUGAGGUCUAUGUGCGCUCCACUAACAUUGUGAGGACCAUUGAAUCUGCCAAGUGUCUGGUAGCAGGGCUGUUUAAGCAAAAACAAAAAGGAAUCGUUCAUAUAGAAACUACAGAUGCAGAGAAUGAAAUUCUGUAUCCAAACUAUCACGGAUGCCAGCUGCUCAAGAUCCUUAGCAGACACCGCUGGGCAGAGUCGUCCACUCUGCCAGACAUUGCAGCAGACCUGCAAAGCAUCCAGGAUGCACUGGGCAUCCCUGCUCACCAGUCUAUCAACUUCAUCCUCAUUAGGGACGACAUGGUUGCCAGAGAGGCCCAUGAUCUGCCCUGCCCACCAGAGCUGGACACAUGGAGGAAGACAGUGGAAGAGAGAGCUGUCGAUACAAUAUGUUAUGUCUAUGAACCCAGCAAGAGCGAGAACCUGCAGCUGUGUGUGGGACCACUGCUGCACAUGAUGUCAACCAACAUGGAGGAGAAACUACAGGGCAACUCAUCGGAGACAAACAGAAAGCUGUUCUUGUAUUCUGCACACGACACAACUUUGGUUCCCUUUCUGAUGGCUCUGGGGAUUUUUGACAUGAAAUGGCCUCCGUACGCUGCUGAUAUCACCCUGGAGCUGCAUCAGCACAGAAAGACCAAUGAGGCCUUUGUUAAAGUGUCAUACAAUGACCAGGAUCAACUUAUUCCAGGUUGUAGUGGAGUCUACUGCCCCCUGCAGGACUUCAAAAAGGCUGUUUCGGCGUACUCCCUGAGUUUAGAAGACCACCGGUCACUUUGUAACAGCACUGAGGGCUUAACCAAGCCCUGAACCCUCAACAGACCUUUACGUGUGGAAACAGUGUCACCAGUGACAUUUAGCACUGAUACUUGCUUCAUCUUCAGUUUUCACACCAUCCAGCCUCCAUUUAUUGUUUUACCUCACUGUCAGACUACACUGGACAAGUUAUACUGUAGCCAUUUUUAGAAUCAAAGUCUACCUCUCCAUAUGAACACUGUAAUAAAGUUUAUAGCUUAGCGGAAAUGUAACACAAAACACUGGUGAAGCACAACAGCACGAUGCAUAGAUCAUGCAGGAACAGAUGCACCAGCACAGUGGCCUUUUGUGUUUUGCUCUAUGUCGAGAUAAAUGUGGCUGUAGAAUAUUGGCAUGUGUAAAUCAGUCAAGUUAUUAAUCACAAAAGAAAUUUCAUUGGCACCCCCAUUAGAUGGCAAAUAGAUGAUUUAGAUGAAGUUCUUUCCUAUAAUGGCUGGACUUGAAAGAGUUUUACUAAUGGUUCUUGAACAUGGUUGUGUCCAGUUUUUCUGUAAUAAAGAAAAUGUCACCCAUUGAAAAGGCAUGACUUGAUUUGUGACAACAGUUGAGGCAUGAACCAAAUCAUGCUUUGCUAAGAUAAAUGGUUGUUUGAGCUCUUUUUGGAAUUUGUUGACAAGAAAAAUACAGAAUUCUUCAGACGUCUGUCUCAUCAGAGUUCAAAUCAUUGCCAUUUAGUUUUACACGCAGUAUUGAAUACUGAAGUUUGAACUACAUGUCACCGUAACAGGCUGCAUCUAAUUGGUGAUGCAGUUAAUUUGCCAGUUUAAUUGAGCUCACAAUCACAUCUUGUAUCCAGUCGUUUAAUUCCUCAAGGGAAUACAAAGCAUUUUAUGUGCUGUAUCUGGAUUUUAAGAUGCGCACAAAGCAGGUUGUACAUUAGUGUGUGGAUGGAAUGUUUUGAUAAGUAGAACAGGCUGAAAGGGAUAUAUUGAGUGACUUUCUUUUAGAUUGCUGCCUUACAGAGACUUGUUGGGAAUACAGUAUAUUUAUGCAUAAACACAUGCAGUUCUACAUUGUUAGAAUUAAUUAUCAUACCUCAUUGUUGGGAGUUUGUAAUGACCUGCUGCUUUCUAAUUAUAUGGUUGAUGAGGCAUAAAUAAAUACAUUUGAUCAAUGUA